CGCCCGGGGUACGUGGCCGGUCACGUGAUCGGGCUGGGACGCGGCGCGAUGGGGACCGCUCUGGACAUCAAGAUCAAACGGGCCAACAAGGUCUAUCUCUGCGGGGAAGUUCUUUCUGGAGUGGUGGUAAUAACGAGUAAGGAUGCAGUCCAACACCAGGGUGUCUCCUUAACGAUGGAAGGAUCAGUAAAUCUGCAGCUCAGUGCCAAAAGCGUUGGUGUGUUUGAAGCUUUCUAUAACUCUGUUAAGCCUAUUCAAGUUAUCAACAGUACCAUAGAAAUGGUAAAACCAGGAAAACUUCCCAGUGGCAAAACAGAAAUUCCUUUUGAGUUUCCAUUGCAUAUGAAGGGCAACAAAGUUCUAUACGAGACAUAUCAUGGUGUGUUUGUCAAUAUUCAGUAUACCCUUCGGUGUGAUAUGCGACGUUCUCUACUGGCCAAGGACCUGACUAAGACUUGUGAAUUCAUUGUCCACUCACCACCUCAGAAAGGGAAGUUGAUGCCAAGCCCAGUGGACUUCACAAUUACACCUGAAACCUUACAGAAUGUUAAAGAGAGAGCCUCGCUCCCAAAAUUUUUCAUCAAAGGUCAUCUCAACUCGACUAACUGCAUCAUUACACAACCACUAACUGGGGAGUUGGUGGUGGAGAAUGCAGAAGCUGCAGUCAAAAGUAUUGAGCUACAGUUAGUACGUGUGGAAACUUGUGGUUGUGCUGAAGGUUAUGCUAGAGAUGCUACAGAGAUUCAGAAUAUUCAGAUUGCUGAUGGGGAUGUCUGCAGAAGCUUGUCUAUUCCAAUAUACAUGAUAUUCCCCAGGCUGUUCACCUGCCCUACACUGGAAACUACAAAUUUCAAAGUUGAGUUUGAAGUUAACAUUGUUGUCCUCUUGCAUGAUGAUCACCUCAUCACAGAAAAUUUCCCACUGAAGCUCUGCAGGGUGUGAAUAUCCACAGGAGAAUUGCUAAUGGAGGAACAAAGAAAUUCUUCAGCUACCAAAUGGAAAUUCAGUUCAUAGCUUCAAACUUAUUUUAAUUGAAGGACUAAAACAUUUGCUCAUCCCACUAUUGAUUUCUGUGUUGGAAGGGAGUGCAGUUCUCUGUAACUCUUACCACUUUGUCUAUCUUCUGAUAUUAUUAGUGAAUGUGCUUUUCUGCUGAGAUUCCUGCCAGGUAUCUCUUUGAAUUCAACAGCCAUGCCUCCCUUUCUCUAUUUUUUUUCUUAAGAACCCUUAAGGGAUGUUUUUUGCACAUUCCUGUCGUGCACAACACACAGUAAGUUUCUAUGAUUAAUUGAUAAUUUAACACUUGUGCUAACUCUUUAAAUGUUUCCUUUAUAAGGAUCCUUGUAUCUAAACAGCUAACAGGCCCUGCUAUGUAUUGGUCCUUGAAGGAGAGACUGAGAGAUUAGCUCUUUCCUAAGCCGCCUCAUCAUAUGGAUGCUGAGAGACCUAAUGUUCAGGAAAUGUUUUGAGACCUUUGAAUGGUGCUACAGAAUUGCAACACAGUUAUUGGAGCAGCAUCACACAAAGAAUAUGAAGUGAAAGGAAACUAAGUAUGUUUCAGUUAGGUUGGGAAAUGAAUCCAUUAAUCAGGAGAACAACCUCAGAGUUACAGCUUUUUAUUGUAACAAAGUUGAUACAACUAUCACACUCUAGUUAGCUUGGUCAGUUACUUGCAUAAGCUCUACUGCAGUGAGAGGACCAAACUGUCAAAAGAGGUUCUAGCUUGCAGUUGUGCCAGACCUCUUGCUCUUGAU